GGGCUCUGUGAUGCUGGGGCUGCUAAUAGAUUGCCGGAAAGUUUAUACAUGCAGAGCUGGGACCUUUGGAAUAUUUUGAGCUGAUCGCACUGGAGUUCAUUGGAGUUGCAGCUUGAUUUUUUUAAUCACAGUUUAACUCAUUUCAAAUGUCUUCUCAAUGAAAGUGGUGCAUCUGAGUCCAGUUUGUAGCAGGAUUUUAUCUGGAGGAUCUCUUUGUGAUUCAGGCAGAUGUGACCUUCAGAACCGUAAGAAGACUGAAGACUAUAAUACUUGGGGAAAUUACCAGAGAAAGCAGUUGUCUAGUAGACUGGAAACCCUGAAUGAAAAGAAACCCUCUCACCAUGGAGCACUCCCCGUCUAUGAACUUGUCAGUGGUGAGUGGAGAUGAGGUGGAGGACCAGCGCCCCCUCCUCCCCCCCAGGAUGGUCCCUCCACCUCAGGCCUGCCCUCCGCAUUGUGGGAUACACCAAAACCUCCAAACGUCGGCCGAUCAGACCGUGUGGCUGGACAGAACCCAGGCCAUGGCCACCACGCCUCUAUACAACGGCCACCUUUAUGUCACGCCUUCACCUCGCUCCCACCGGAGGGGAGACAAAGGCAAAGAGAAGAAAUGUGAGAAAAGGUCAGGGGGGAGUAGACAAAAUCAAGCACGAAAGGAGCGGAAUCAGCAGUGCAAAGGCAGAAAUGCAGGACCUGACAGACUCCAGGAGAGAGUCACCUCUUUUACUGACAUCCCCGUGUCUCCCUGCGGGUCACCCUUUAAGAGUCCCCGCAGGUCACACUUAGAGGUCAAGGAUACCGAGGGCAGAGGGCGCCGCAAGUCAGGCAACGUUUCUUUGGAGAUGCACGACCGCCUGAGCCUCCCAGAGAUCAUCAUCACCAGCAGAGAUGACGACCUCCAGCAACACAAUGAGACGUCCGAGUACCACCAGGAGGCCAAAGGCCUUCUGCCAGGAGCCGAGUGUCCCAGUUCAAGCCCCAGUCCCGGUCCCCACCUCAGCCCAAAACACAAGGUGGAUGCCAAGGACGACACGUACCGGAAGACCCACAACAUCGGCUGGCGGCUGGUCCACAGGAGGGCUCUGUUUUUGAAGAGGCAGCAGCUGAACGACUGCGCCCUAGCAGUGGGAUUGUUCGGGGUAGUGCUGAUGGUGAUGGAGACAGAGCUCUCCUGGAGCAUCUACAGCAAGAGCUCCGUCUACUCGCUUGCACUCAAGUCCAUCAUCAGUUUCUCUACGAUCAUUGUGCUGGGCCUCAUCAUAGCGUACCACUGCUGUGAGGUGCAGCUCUACGUUCAUGACAUCGGUGCAGAAGAUUGGCGGAUUGCCAUGACAACCGACCGAGUGGCUCUGGUAGCCCUGGAGCUGGCAACGGUGGCCAUUCACCCCUAUCCGGUGGGUCUCCUGGCCUACUUCCAGCAGACCUUUCAGCACACCACGACCCGCCUGUCGCUGUCAGAGACGGACCUGGAGAUCAUCCUGGCUCUGCCCAUGUUCCUCAGGCUCUACCUGCUGGGCCGGGCCAUGAUGCUGCACAGCCGCCUCUUCACUGACACUGCGUCUCGCAGCAUCGGAGCCCUCAAUAAGAUACACUUCAACACUCGGUUUGUGGGGAAAACUCUUAUGACCACCUAUCCAGGGACUGUGCUGAUGAUUUUCAGCGUCUCGCUGUGGGUUGUGGCAGCGUGGGGCUUACAUGUUUGUGAGAGACACCAUAACUACAGGGACCUGAGUAGCAACUACAUGGAGGCCUUGUGGAUGGUCUCUGUCACCUUCUUGUCCAUCGGUUAUGGAGACGUGGUGCCUCACACCUACUGCGGUCGCAGCAUCUGCCUCCUCACUGGGAUAAUGGGAGCGGGCUGCACUGUCCUGGUGGUGGCGGUGGUCGCCAGGAAGCUGGAGCUGACCAGAGCAGAGAAACAUGUUCACAACUUCAUGAUGGACUCCCACAUCUCCAAGAUGUUAAAAAUUGCAGCAGCAAAUGUGCUGAGAGAGACUUGGCUUAUCUACAAACACACUAAGCUGUCAAGAGAAAGAGACCACACCAGAGUCCGCAUGCACCAGAGGAAGCUGCUUCUGGCCAUCCACCAGCUACGGCGAGUGAAGAUGGAGAAGAGGAUACUUGCAGACCAAGGGAACACACUUGUAGACCUCUGCAAGAUGCAGAGCCUGAUGUACGACGUGCUGUCGGAGGUGCAGGGCUGUAGGGGGGAGCUGGACACACACAUCCAUAGCCUGGAGAAAAACGUGGAGGAGUUGAGGGAGGGCUUCAGGAGCUUGAUGCCACUCCUGUCCAGCACCCUGUCCAUGCAGAACUCAUCCAUCCGCCACCUGCUCAGGGAGAGGGAAGAAAAGACAGAGACUGCUAGUACGAGUGUAGACAGGUAGAGGAGGAGGAUGAAGAAAUACAGGUUUCUCAGGUGCUCCUGGAGGAGUUAUCUGCCUAUUGUGCUGCUAAAAUGAUCAUGUUGGGACAUUUUUCUUACAGAGGUGGACACAUUGGUGUUAAUAACAAGGUUAAGGUUGUACAGAAGUAGUAAAAUUGUAUUUAAAAUAGAUUUUAGAACCAUUUUCUGUAGCAGAAAUACCAUAAAACCAAAAUGUAGUAAUGACUCUUGAUUCACUUCUUAUGCAGCUUGUUGCAAACACUGUGGCGGCAACUUAACAACCUGCCACCAAAUUGAACAUUUAUCAAUACUAGAACAGCAAUAAUUAGUGAGUUGAGAGAAAAUAAUUGGCUACUUUUUUGGCCAGUAAAUUGUUUUUCAUGCAAAAAUGCUCAACACUUUAAUAUUUUAGGGCUUUGGGCCAGAUAGAGUAAUUUGUGCUUUAGGAAACUGUGGCUUUUUUCCUCCACCAUUAUAGGUUUUAUAGACCAACUGAUUAAUGGAGAACAUAAUCAGAUUAAUUGAUCGUGAAAAUAAUUUAGUCACAGACCUAAUCAAUAUAUGAACUCAACCAAAAAAUAAACCCAGACAGCUGUUAUCACUCAGCGAGUUGCUUUACCUUAACACUGCACUUUUUUCUGAUUAUGUAAUAGAAAUUGCAUAAAGUUAAAUACAGUUUGGUAUUGUAAUAUAAACCUAUAAUGUUACAGACUUGUGAAGAUAACCUAUAGUUCUUUCUAAUAAAAAUUAUAAGACUGCCUUUGUAUUUAAUGUCUGAGACAGUUAGAAUAACCACACACUAACCAUUCCUUUAGCCAAAACAAUAUUUUAUUAAGAGAGACAGGGUUGGAGGGUGGAGUUACAGCAACAACUGAUCUGUCGACAUGAACAGCGGAAA